AUGAGGGGGCCUUCCUGCCUCUGGGUCUUGCUCCUACUGCUGCUGGUCUCCCCGACCCCACCCACAUCCCAGGCCCCCAGUCUUCCGCCCUCCCUCGCGCCCCCCUUGUCCCCUGCAGCCUGCGGGCAGCCCCAGGUGUCGAGUCGCAUCGUGGGAGGCCGGGACGCCCGGGACGGACAGUGGCCGUGGCAGGCGAGCAUCCAGCACCGCGGGGCGCACGUGUGCGGGGGCUCGCUCAUCGCCCCCCAGUGGGUGCUGACCGCAGCGCACUGUUUCCCCAGGUCAGCGGAAGGGCGGGGGGCCCGGGGCCCAGGGACAGGGGGCAGGUGUGGCGGGCCCGGGAGCCGUGAGCAGCGUCGCCCCCUGUCGCGCAGGCCGACGCUGCCGUCCGAGUACCGCGUGCGCCUCGGGGCGCUGCACCUGGGCCCCGCCUCGCCCCGCGCGCUCUCGGCGCCCGUGCGCAGGGUGCUGCUGCCCCCGGACUACUCCGAGCACCGCGCCCGCGGCGACCUGGCGCUGCUGCAGCUGCGCCGCCCGGUGCCCCUGAGCGCCCGCAUCCAGCCCGUCUGCCUGCCGGAGCCCGGGGCGCGCCCGCCCCCCGGCACACCGUGCUGGGUCACCGGCUGGGGCAGCCUGCGGCCGGGAGGUGAGGCGGGGGGGCGGGGCCCGGGGGCCCGGCGGGGGGGACGCGGGAUCCCUCUCCACCUCCCUCUGACCGGGAAGGCUAGCGCCGCGCUGUCGCAGUCCGGGGCUCAGCGCGACCUCCGGGGACCCAAUCCUCUUCCUCCCAGUCAGACCAGCGAGUCGUGCCUGGCCCGGCGGGUCAGGCUUCUCAGCCCCUGCCUCUCCCAGCUCUCAGAAGCCCCCCUUCCCCCCCCCGCCCCCCCGCCAGUGCCACUUCCAGACUGGCGACCUCUGCAGGGAGUAAGGGUGCCGCUGCUGGAUGCGCGCACCUGUGACCACCUCUACCACGUGGGCACCGACGUGCCUGGCGCGGAGCACAUAGUGCUGCCCGGAAACCUGUGUGCCGGCUACGUCCAGGGCCGCAAAGACGCCUGUCAGGGUGACUCUGGGGGACCCCUGACCUGCGUGAGAUCCGGGCGCUGGGUCCUGGUGGGCGUGGUGAGCUGGGGCAAGGGCUGUGCCCUGCCCAACCGUCCAGGGGUCUACACCAAUGUGGCCGCUUACAGCCCCUGGAUUCAGGCUCGCCUUAGCCUCUAAUGCAGGAACACUGACCUGGAGCCAGAGGCUGGGGUCCCUCUGAGGACCUGCCCAUUCCCCACACCUUGCCCCUUCCAACUUGAGGCUCACAGGACUUAUAAAGCUAAGGUGUCAUCUAUCUGUCCAUCCCUGCCUCCUCCAUAGGGCUCACCAAGCCCUAGCCGCCAACCCUCCUCCAGGAGUCUCCCAUUUGGGGGAGCGGGGAGGGGGGAGCUGUCUCACAAUCCCUCCCGCCCCCCUCCCCUCCUUCUCAUAUUUACCCUUCUCAGCUUCAGCGGGGGGCUGGGCCUGGGUCCCCAGAGACAGGCAAGCCAGCUGGUGCCCGGUCUGGCCUCUGGGCCCCCUUUCUCAGGAGGAAGUCAGGGAGCUUCCAAGUGUGAGAGGGAUUCAGCCCCAGGGUGAUGCUUCUCCAUUGCUGGCUUUGAAGAUGGAGCGGCCUCCAGGAGCUGAGGGCAGCCCCCAGCUGACAGCCAGCAGGGAAGCCCCUCACUGCUACAACAGCAAGGAGCUGAAUGAGCCUGGGACCCAGCUCCCCCUGGCCUCCAGAUGAGAGCCCCACCAGGCCGCCCCACAGGCCAAGCCCUUGAGCCUGGUGGAGCCCACCCAGACUUCUGGCCCACAGAGUUGUGAUUUAAUAAAUUUGGGUGGUUGUAGGCUGCUAUGUUGGUGGUCAUUUACUACAGAGCAAUAGAAAACAAAUCUAGGGCGCCUGGGUGGCUCAGUCGUUAAGCAUCUGCCUUCAGCUCAGGUCAUGGUCCCAGGGUCCUGGGAUCAAGCCCCGCAUCGGGCUCCCUGCUCGGCGGGAAACCUGCUUCUCCCUCUCCCACUUCCCCUGCUUGUGUUCCCUCUCUCGCUGUCUCUCUCUGUCAAAUAAAUAAAAUCUUUAAAAAAAUAAAUAAAAGAAAACGAAUCUAGAUCUUGCCCCACUGCAGUGGAGAUGCCCCCAGGGUCUGGGUGGGCUAGCCCUAGGCUCUAAUAAGGCUCAGGAGCCUGGGGCACCUGGCAUCAUGCCCUCAACCCAGGAAGGGCUGGGAGCCCCCAGACAGGCCUGGCAGAGCUUCUGCUGUGCUUGUUUCUGUGGUUACAGCCAUCCUCACUGGGGAAAGUCUGGGGCUGUGUCCCAGCUGUGGCAAGGGGCCCACAGACCCAGGACCCGCCCCACACCUGCAUCUGGAAACUAGCUUAGGCCCCUUGCAGCUCCCUGCCCACCUUUGCGUGCCUGGGACCUGGUUCCUGUCCCCUCCCUGCCAUCUGCUCAUCCCCAGGCCGAAGACCAUCCAUCCCAAUAGAUACAGCUCAGUGUCUAGAACUGCAGAAGGAACAAGAAACUGAACAAAACCUGGAAACCCCAAAGCCUAAUCUUUGAGGCUAACAGGGACAGUGGGGGCAGGGGGCAUGGGGGAGGACACCAUCAAAGGUGCAGCCCCAGGGGCAGGCCUGAGGCUCGCCUCCACUCUUCCCUCCCAGGAGAGAGAAGGUAGCCGCACCCCGGUGGUUGCUGCCGGGCUGAGCCAGGCAGGCAGGGUGGGCCCACAGGACUCGGGCCGUGAGGGAGCUCCAGACUGCUUUCUCCCCCUGGCUGAGGGCCAUCCAUCUGGGGAAGCACUUCGCUGUCCUUGGGGGAUGGUUAUCGGGGAGCAGGGUGCCCAGAACGUGGCAUGGCCAUGGGCACAUCAGCAAGGGGACCCUGGUGGCCCCUGCUGGUUGAUGCUGGCCAUCCUCGCUCCCUCCCUCAGCCUGGGGCCAGCUAAGGGACCUUCCCCAGGACGCCUCCCGAGGCACUGAGAUGGGCACAAGCCAGUCUGCCUGGGAGCCAGUCUGCCUCAGCCUUGGACCUGCUGUGAUUUGAGUAAUGGGUCCCCAUUCAGAGAGCCCCGUGUUUCGGAAGUAUAACCUGGGAGCUAAACAGGGGAGUCUGGAGCUGGAGGGACAGGAGCUGUGCCUGGAAGGGAAGGGUCAGCAAAUGAGAAGAAAUCAGCUGCUCCUCAUCAAGCCCUUACCAGAUGCCACGCGGAGGGCUUUGUGGCACCACCUCGUGGGAUCCUCACCUGACACCCAUUUCUCAGAUGAGAAAGCCAAGACCCAAAGCCACGCAGCUGGUAGAUGGUAGGCUGAGAUUCCCGCCCAGGUGGUCUGAUUCUGGAGGCAGCUGGAAUGAUGGAGGGGAGAUUACAAUCCCCUUUACUCUCUCCCCUUGCUUCCCGCCAGUGCGGGGCUCUGGGCUCCCCUUCCCCUAGCGCCUUCCUGGUGUGCCAGCCUUGUGAGACUGGGCAAGUUGCAUCUCCUCGCCCAGCAGGCUCAGGGGCACGCCCCCCCUGUGCUGGUGGUCCCGUCUGUCAGCAAGGUCAGUGGGGGCGUGUGGGGGGGGUGACAUGGCCCUGCAUCAGCCAUGGCUAUACGCCCUGCCAGGUGACAGGUCGGGAGACCGUGCUGCGGGGAGGGGAGCACCAGGUUGGCGGGGGUGGUCCUGGGAAGUCCAGGCAUGGGGGACACUGGGCUCUUCUCUAAGGUAGGCGGGCAUUUCCUAGCUGCCCAACUGCUCUGGCUGGGGAUGCUGCAACCGGAUAGAUGGCCUAGCCGCUCCCAAGAGUACUGACUUGACCUCGGUUUCCCCUUCUGUCCUCUGAAUGGAUGCCACGCACCGUGUCAUGGCUGCUGGGAGGGCUGAGGCCCUCACACUCCUGCCCACCGAGCACGGCUACUGUGCCCUGCGAGCACGCUCUCAGCUGCUCCCAGAACACACACGAGGUGUUCUCGUUUUCACUUUCACCGGUGGGGAAACAGGCCCAGAGAGGUUAAGUGGUGUGCCCUAAGGCCCACAGCUGGUAAGAGGUGGAACCAGGUCGAAGCUGGGCAGCUGACUUAAACUCCACACUGAGUUGUGAACCUUGCAGAGAUGAAAGUAGUAAAACACCCUACAAAUGAGAGGUACACCAGUAACUAUCAGUCGUGAUAAUUACUAUCUAGUCAUCGAUGAUUAAAAAAAAGGGGGAGGGAAGGCCCACCAGGCCGAGACCCUGCAGGCUUAGUUUGGAGGCCAGGGAAGGGUCCCUGGCACGAGCGCCCGGUCAUUGAGGCGCAAGGGCAGAAAGGGCCCAGCCAGCUUUCCUGUGCAGAGAACUGAGAGCAGCCGGCCAGCCAGUUCACCCACCAUCCUGAGACUCCCGCUCUGUCUGUCAUGGCUCCCAGGAGGGCAGACCUGCACCCAGCAAGACCACAGAGGCAGGGGCUGUGGGGGAUCAGCCCCUACUCCCCCUCCAUUCCCUCUUGACCCCAUUCCCACUGCACUCACAAUUACACCAAGGCCUGCAGUGACCUCCUACCACUGGCCCACCAAGUGGAUGGUACCGUGGGGCUCAGAGAGACACCCUGAGGGGAAGGACUCCUGUUGGGCAGGGCCCCCACCCUACUCGCCACCUUCCCUAGUCUGGGUGACCUCUAACAGCAAAGACUGCUGUAAGCAGACUCCCGUCAUUACCCAAACCCCAGCACUGUGUGGUGCGUGCAUUAGCUCAUCAGUGCCCCCCAAAUGCCAUAUGGAGUCCAAUUGUGUAUCCCCUGCAUGGAUGGGAAAACAGGUGGAGGCUCAGUGCCUCGCCUAAGAUCAUAGUCAAUAAGCUGAUGUUGGAACUCAGAUGGUCUGCUGGAGGGUGGGUGAAGACAGCCAUGAUCCUCGGAGGGAUGGAGUGUGGGCCUACUCAGGAUGACUCCUGGUAGGCAUCCUGAGCUGUGACACCGGCCAGGACAGACCUAAUAAGGCAGGUGUCUACGUGGCAAUAGUGCGCACAUUCAGGACAAUGGGCCAGGGUGCAGCUGGGCCAGAACAUCGUGGGCGAAGAGGAGGCCCCUCCUUUCCCUACACCCCUGGACUCCAUCUUUACCUGCCUCAUUCUGGAAAGUCGGCUGGAUGCCUCUGAGAACCUCCUUGGCCCCAAUGGGCCACACCCCUCCCCUGCCGCACGCUCUCCUUCCUCAGCAGUACAGGAUCUAAAGCCUCAAAAUCUCUGUACACAAAGAUGCUGAGAUUAAGAUGGAAAUCUUCGGCCUGAGCCAAGGACUCUCUGCACCAGUGACUCGUCCACCGCCUCCUGACUCAGGUGACGAAGCAGCGGUGGAGGUCAGCCAGGGGCGGGAGAGUUAGCGGGGAGCCAGGGCUGCCGAGGCUCAGGGAGGGAAGAUUCACAGGAGGGAGAGGACUUCAGGGAGCUCUGGAGGAGGCAGAGGCUAGAAGUCAAAAAUAACAAUAAUUACGGUUACGGUUUUAGAAACACCUACUGAGUACCAAUUCUUGAUGAAAAUCUACAACUUUACAAACAGCUGUUCUCUCAUCUUAAAAAAGAGGAAACUGGACUUUCAUGAGGUUAACUGCCCAAAGCUGCACAGGCAGCGCCGGGACCAAGUAUUUGAAUCCCCAGUGGUCUGAGCACGCAGCCCGCACUGUGAAAAUUAGUGAAAGGAAACCUCGUUUAGAACACAGGCAUGGCGGGGCACCUGGGUGGCUCAGUUGUUAAGCGUCUGUCUUUGGCUCAGGUCAUGAUCUCCAGGUCCUGGGAUCAAGCCCCGCAUCAAGCCCCGCAUUGAGCCCCGCAUCGGGCUCCCCGCUCGGCGGGGAGUCUGCUUCUCCCUCUUCCUCUGCCUCUCCCCACUGCUCCUACUCUCUCUCUCUCUCUCUCUCUCUCUGUAUCUGUCUGUCUCAAAUGCAUUAAAAAAAAAAAAAAAAAUUCUAUAGAACGCAGGCGCGGGGCCAGCAGGGGGCGCUCUCAGCCCUCUCGCUCAUCAACUGCCCCCGCAAGGGGAAGAGUCGCAUCUGGCAGGUGCAUGCUACUUUACUACCCGAGCAGGAGGAAGGCAACAGCUCAGCCAGUGAAAACCCACUAUUAGAACUCACUUUAUUCCAAAGAACUUUUUGUCUAUAAUAGCCCUCCCUGUUUCCCCUUUCCACUAUAUGAGAGUUUCUCUCCUUUGUUCUGCGGACUUGCCUAUGGCUUUGCUGUAGCUUGCUCGUCCUGGCUUGUAAUUCUCUGCUUUCCCCACAUAAGCCCAGUUUUGCUGGUGAAAUAACUUGGCAGUUUUAUUUUCUUAAGGUUAAUAGCCGUUAGUGACCAGCUCGGUUCAGGGCCAAGGCAGCAGCAUCUUCAGAUUGUGCCCACUCUGAAGAAUUGUCAAAUAGCAACCCCCAACAUCGGCAGCACUGUUUGGCAUCCAGGGCCAUCCACCGGCUUACUGGGUGCCCCGGCAUGUCUGACACAUGCCAUCAGCGACCCAGCUGAGGCUCUCUCCCUCCCAGUACUGGCUAUGCAAGAGAAAAAAACCUCUUUCCCUCCCUCCAGUGUAACUGCAACCUGGGGCAAGGCAGGACAGU